CGCACCUUUCACUUGAGCUUCAACAUGGGAAAGGGAAAUGAAGACCCCGAUCUCCACUGCUCCUCCAUCCAGUGCUCCACUGACCAGCCCCCUUUCCAACAGAUCUCCUUUUCAGAAAAGGGCUCAGAUGAGAAGAAACCAUUCAAAGAAAAAGGCAAGACCGCCUUCUCCCAUUCCAGUGAGAAGCACACACAAAGGCAAGCAGGAUCGGAGCCCAAUCCAAACAAGGAGAAUUCUAAGGAAACCAAGCUCAAGGCCGGGAACAGCACUGCUGGAUCAGAACCAGAGUCCAGCUCAUAUCGGGAAAACUGCAGGAAAAGAAAAAUCAGUUCCAAGGACAGCUGCCAAGACACAGCAGGGAACUGUCCAGAAAAGGAGUGCAGCUUGUCGUUGAAUAAAAAAUCAAGAUCCUCCACUGCUGUGCACAACAGUGAAAUCCAGGAGACCUGUGAUGCCCACCAUAGGGGACGUUCCAGAGCUUGCACUGGGCGCAGCAAGCAACAUAGGUCUCGGGCCCUGGGAGUCCAAACACCGUCAAUUCGAAAAAGCUUGGUGACCUCUGUGCGAGCUAUGUCAGAGGCUGUUUAUCAAGACCUAACCCAGGUGUGGGCACAGCAGAUCCAUUCUCCACUGACCUGUGAGCAGCUGACACUGCUCACUUGGCUCCGGGGGCCUCUGUGUGCCCAGGUGCAGACCUUGUAUUCCAUGGCCACCCAGGCAGCUUAUGUCUUCCCUGCUGAGAGCUGGCUUGUCCCAGCCACAUUGCCUGGUCCUAGGGAUUCAGCCCUGGAUAGAGAAGCCCAUCCUUUCCCUGGGCAGGAGAUAACUGAGACUGUCAGUGGAUCAGAUGAGGCUAAGCUGUGAGCACCCCGACCCUAUUCAGCAGAGAUGCAGCUCUGGGAAUGAGAACAAGGAUCUGCGUCUUCUCAGAUUCUUCCAGAUGACCAGCAGUGACAAUUUUAGACACAUUGUGUUAAUAAAUGACAGAACCUGAAGAAGUCAUAGGAAAGAAACUUGAGUGGUAUACUCAGAAUGGCGAGCCCUGAAUUUUGCAGACCACUAAGACUAUAGUCAAAUUUUAUAUUUCGUGUUAGACAUUUGAUGCCUUUUGGAUGUCUGAUGACAGUCGUGCGUUUCUAUAUAAUCAGAAAAGCAUUAGAAUGUAAUCGUGAAUUUGCAUAUUUUAGAUUGUAGAAAAGUAAAUAUAAAAUUAUGUGCUCCUUUUUUGUUUUUGUUUUUUGAGGUAGUCUUGCUAUGUU